UGUGACCGUUUUCAUGUCUAGCAAAGUCGGACAAAUGUUUUAAUGUUUCAUUGUAACUGAGCUGAGCUUGUAUCAUUGUACUCGCCCUAGUGAUGAUACGCAAUGUAUCAAAACGUUGACAACUACAUGAAUGAUAGCGUCUGCUGUCCUUGCCAUAAACUUUCUGCUACCGCCUUCGAUCCGAGGACGUCCCAUAUAUGAUAUUACAUAUUUUUCUAUAUACACACCAUGUCAUCUUGUUUUUUUCAAGGCGAAUGACAACCAAGUGUUUACUAAGCUCUUGGGCGAAUCGAUUCGUGAAAUUCCAGCUGGCGUCACGAAGCCGAGUCCAUAAGAUCCAUAACGGGCGGGAGUCCAAUGACGAGUAAAAUCUUCAUGACGCCUGGCUUCCACUUUCGCAUGAAUUCAACAGAUUUCCCACACACAAAAUAAACGUUAAAAGAAAAGAGAAGACCCAUCUGAAGCACUGCGCAUGCCGGCUACCCAGAAACAUCCGACCUCUAUCGACCAAACAAACCGGCCGGCGGCCAAACCAGCUUGCUCGUCGAACAGUGUGGCGCUUGAUCACGUCGGGGGGCUGUCAGGUGGGGAGACAUGUCACUCGCGACUUGUAAGCCAAACUUCUCCCCCAAAUGUCGCGUUGUGCCCGCGUUUACCAUCGAAGUUUGGCAGCAUAACACAAUACCCAUCCCCGCCCCAUGUGCUGGUGCUUUCAAGGCCCGAAGGCCGAAGCCAACGACAUUUCGGCUGUAUUACGAACGAGGCGAUUUUCCACUAAUCCUAGAACCAGUGGUUCGGGGAUUUAAAAUUAUCUGGAAGGUACCAAUAGAAAAGCUGGACCUUCAUCACUACUUGCCACUGUUUUUCGAUGGACUGUGCGAGUUGACGCAUCCUUACGACUUCCUCGCUAGACAAGGAGUGCACGACCUCCUCCGCAGAGGAAAGGAUAAAAUUCUGCCAGUGGUGCCUCAGCUCAUCAUCCCUAUCAAAAAUGCGCUCAACACGCGGGCACCGUCCAUCCUCUGCGUGACGCUGCAGGUGCUGCAGCACCUGGCGCUGUCGGCCGACCACGUGGGAGAGGCGCUGGUGCCUUACUACCGCCAGAUCCUCCCCAUCCUCAACCUGUUCGUCAACAAGAACGUCAACCAGGGAGACGGCAUCGACUACUCGCAGCAGAAGAACACCAACUUGGGCGACCUCAUCCAGGAGACGCUCGAGAUCUUCGAGAAGACGGGCGGCGAGGACGCAUUCAUCAACAUCAAGUACAUGGUGCCCACAUACGAAUCGUGCGUACUGAACUAG